UUUCAUCAUCGUCGUCGUUGUUUUUUCACUUUUUUUCUGAUAUAAAAUAUUUAUUUAUAUCGAAGAUUCUUACAUUGACUACGAAGACGAUGAUGGUGAUGGACAUGAUGAAUAUCCAUCGCAUGUCAAUCAUAAUUUGUCAUCGAAAAACAACAACAACAACAACAUUGACUGAAAUUUAUUCGACUUGAACAACAACAACAACAACAACAAAUCCAGUGUAAAGUAAAUAUUUUCAUUGAGAAAAAAAAUAGAGUAAAAUUACAGAAAAAAAAUACCAGCCAGAUUCGGCAUGGUAAACAUCCAUUAUUAUAUAUGGUGGUAAUGUUGAAACUUUCGAGUGAUCAAAAGAAUAUUCAUAUUCAUCAUUUUUAUAUAUUUCUAAUCAAAAAGUAAAUGAAAAAAAAAAUAAAAAUGAAUGAAUUGAUCAUAAUACGUAGCGGUUCAUGGGAGAAUCGUUGUAAAUAUCUAGAAGAAUUAAUUACAACAAAUUAUGGAAAAAUUCCACAAUUCAAUCAACAGGAACGUGAAAAAUUUUUAAGUUUUAUAUUUGAAAAUACAAUCGAUCUAUUGGAUAAAUCAUUACAUCCAAAUGAAUGUCGUUAUCGUGUAUUGCGUUUAUAUUGUAAAUUAUUGAAUGGACAAGCUGAAUCUAUUGGCAUGUUACGUUAUCAUCUAUUCAAUAGAUUACUAGCCAAUGAUUUGACCAAUGAUGAAGACAUUCCAUAUAUGAUUGAUUUUCUUAUGGUAUUGACUGAUCAUGGAAAAAUAUUAUCACAUUAUGAAUCGGAUAUUGGCCAUUUUAUUAACGGUCUUAUUGAACGAUUAUUUGAACAUCGAUCUACGACCACCACGACUACAACAUUGAAAGCGACUACUAUAAUAUCUGGUGGUCAAAUAAAAGUGAUAAAAUAUGAAACAUUUGUACAGCAAAAGUUUCUAAAAUUUAUGAUUAAUCUGAUUAAAUAUAAUGCUGCAUAUGUUGCAUCGGAUAAUUCAUCAAAAGCUUUGAUCAAAAUGAUACGUUAUGUAUGUGCAUUAGCCUAUCAAUCAGAAUCAAUUGUUGAAUUAGAAUUGAUUUAUGAAUUCUUGAAUGUUGUAUUGAGCUAUUCACAUCUGCCUAAUGAAACACUAAGUCAAUUUAUAGUCAUCUUAUGUAUUGGUAUUAAUCGUGAAGAAUUAUACGUUAUUUGCAAUAAAAUCAUGCGUAAUUUAAUCGGCACAUAUCUUGGAUAUGAUGGUCUAACCACAUUACAUCAUAUUGUUGAAGAUGAGAUUAAUUUUUCAGAUAAACUACUGAUACGUGGUGCUGUAUAUUUUCUUGUUCAAUCAUUAUGGGGUGAUAUGAUCAAUGAAAAAACAUCGAUAAGUGCAAAUGUUAUUUUACCUGCAUUCAAAAUCCUGUUGAAUAAUGAUAUGGCUACUAGUCCGCUUAUUGCAUUGGAAAUUGCCAAUGGAAUUCAUAUGUUUAUCAGUGGUUCGUUCCAUAGUAAACCAUCAUUGGAUACGAAUCGGCCAUCCAAUGCUAAUAAUAAUAAUAAUUUGAAAAAUGAAUCAUUGAACAUUAUAAAAAGUUCAGAAAUCAUCUAUCAAUAUACCUGGGACCUUGUACUUGAUGUUUGUGAUAUACUUGUCUCCAAUCAUCUAAUGAUUGUCAAUCGUAAUGGUACUAAUCAUCAUGAUACAACUAAUCAACUAAGAUCAAUGAUUCUUUCCAUAUUAAAAUUAUUGGAGCAAAUAAUUUCAUCCGAAAUCAAUACCAAUACUAUUGUCGUUGACGAUGUUCAUUGUGGUAAUGUCGAUGUCGAAGUUAUUGAUGAUGAAUGUCCAUUAAGAAUUUUAUUUGAUGAUGAAUGUUUUACUGAAAAAUUUUUCACCAUUUUCGAAAUGGCCACUGAUCAUUUAACGAAAGAAACUAUUUACAAUCUGAUUGAACAUCGUUUAAAUCAUAUCAAUCGAUAUCGUUUUGAUUUGGAAAAUAAAUUGAAACAAUUACGACAUGUAAUCAACGUAUAUUUCAUAUCGUCAACGAAUAAUUCGAUACGUUUAAAAUGUUUGGAAAAAUUGGAAAAUUUUCUCAACGAUUGUACAUUUCUAGAUGCCGAUAUAUUUUGGGAAAAGGUGGCUUCCAGUUUUUUCUCCACUUCUUCCGAUGACAAUAGACAAUCACGUGAAUUGGCAAUUAAUUUUCUAAUUUUUUUGGCUAAAAAAUCACGAUCGAACAAAAAUUUACUAGAAUUUAUCGAGAUAUUUGAAACGACCAUUCACAAUCGGUUAAAAAUAUAUCGACAACAUUCAGUGGAUCAUCGUUCAUCACAGAAUGUUCAUACUAUGGGACCAAUUACUCAUCAAAUGUCGGCUCCAAAUGUACAUGAAAUAACCAUAUUCGAUGAUGCUAUACGAUCCGUAGAUGGUUUUAUAGCAAUUUUCAUUGAAAAUAUCAAUCAUAUCCAUUGUCAUUCAGCUGCUAUACAUUCAUUUCGAUCAUUGAUCAAAAUUUUGGCUUUCCUUCAGAAAUUACAUCCAUUUCAUCAUCAUCAUUCAUCAUCUGGUGAAGAAUCAUAUUCCUCAUCCUAUACUCGUACAUUGUCAUUAAUGAAAAGGAAAAUAUUUCAUACAAUAUUAUCAUUACGUACAAAUCGAUGGGCACAAUUAGGAGUGGUUGUUAAUCCAAUGACCACUCAUGAAUCAUCAUCUGAAGAAUGUGUCCGUUUCACUCCAUACAUAUUGAUUCGUGAGAUUUUGAUUGUAUCAAAUCAAUCAAGUCCUCCUAUAAGCCCACAACGUCAACAGCAGCAACAACAACAACAACAACAAUCGAUAAUUGAGACUAAUUCAAAUAGUCCCAAUAUGAAUACCUCAUCAUCAUCUUCAUCUUCAUCAUUUCAUGGAGCAUUCAUUGAAGCUCUUAAAUUAGUUAUCGAAUCUAUUCAAUUUGAAAAAGAUUGGUCUGUUUUGCAUCUGAUAUUUGUUGAGCUUCCAAAAACAUUAAAACAUAAAGGUUUAAUAUUGGCUGCUACCUCUUCUGCAAAUUCUUCAAAUCAUUCGACACCGUCAUCUUCGAUGACACAUUUAUGUGUUAAAAAUGAAUCGAUUCCCGAUCUAAUGGUCAAUGCUCUUUGUACAUUUAUUGAUUGGAUUCUAAAUCAUUUCAAUGAAUUGCAUAUGGGUGAAGCAAAAAUCAGCAAAGUUGACAUUCUAGCGCAUAUUUAUAAUUCAAUUUCUGCCUUGGUUGGCUAUAAACUACUAUCAUCAUCACAGAAUUCUAUUGUAAAAUGUCUACUGGAUGGAUUGAUUCAUUUCUCAUCAAAGAUUCCAUGUCUUCGACAAUGUAUUGUAUCGUUGACAAUUUGUUCAAUUGAAAUGCAAACAACAAUGAAUCGUUAUCUUUCCGAAACAAUCAUGCAAUUGGGUAAAAUAACAACAACAAAAGCAUUGGCCAUACCGAAAUUGGAAUUUCUAUCCAAUAUAAUAGUAUUUCCGGAUAUAUAUUAUACAUUUACCAACAAACAAUAUUUAUCUAUAUUUAUGAUAGCACAGUUAUAUAUAAAUCCAUAUAAAUAUGGUGAAUAUACUGUUGCAUUGGCUUUACGUGUCAUAUCAAUGUGGUUCCUUAAAUGUCCGAUUCCGUGUCGAAUGGAUUUGGUUCAUUUUUUGAUGAAGGGCUUUCAAAAUAAUAUCCUUAAAGAUAAUGAACCAAAUCUAGCACAAUUGAUGACACAAAAAUUAUCCAAUACCGAUAUUUCAACACGACAAUUCAAUAGUAGUAAUCGUUUUUUGUUGGUAUCAAGUCCACCACCACCUCCUUCAACUCCUUUAACACACAAUACAUUUUCAUUUCAACCUUUCAAUAGUUUUAGUGGACAUCAAUCAAAUUCGAUUGAUCAUCAUCAUCAUCAUCAACAACAACAGCAACAACAACAAUUUACUUUUUCAUCAUCAUCAUCUGCAUUCAAUACUGUUGGCCAUCAACAGCUUGGCAAUGAUAGUGUUAUAUUCGAUCCAAAUGAUAAAGAAAAAUCGAAAAUUGAAUUGGUUGAAGUUUGUAUGGAUAUGUUAGCAUCGAAUGCGUUCACAACAUCAUCACCGCUUCCAUUGAAACCGUCGAUGAUUGAUAAAUUAUUAAAUAAAGACAAGACACAAUAUUGGAUGAUCGGACACAAAUUAAUCCAGAUAACAACAACUGGCUGUACAUCAAGAGCAAUGCGAAAUGGUUUCUGUAAUAAAUGCUAUACAACAUGUCAUAUGAAUCGGCCACAAACAUCGACGACAAAUAAUUCAUCAUUGAAUAAUUUGGUCAAUAAUUGGAAUGAAAAAUUUAACAGUGAUUUGAAUGCAAGCAACAAUUCCUUUCAACAAUCACAGGCCAAUCAAUUUAAUCAGGCAAUGGCGAAUAGGCGUCGACAUCGUUCGGAAAUAAAUCAUAGUACACGGAUGAAAUAUUCAAAUUAUACUAAUGAUGAUUAUUUCAUCAAUCAACAACAACCAAACACAAUUCCAGCAUCAUCAUCCACAGAAUCAGAUUUGAAUGUUGUUAGUAAAUAUUGCCGUUGUUGGUGCCAAACAUGGGCCGAAAUUUUGAUUCGUCGAGCAACUGGCACUACAAGGCUUAUACUUCGCGUUGAAAAUAAUCUGGGUGAAUUUCCAAAUUGGACAUCAUCGAAACAUGAAGAUGAUUCAUUAGCUCAAUUAUUUGAAAAUUCAUUCCCAGAUCUGAAUAUUUCAUUAAAGAAACAUCCAGAUUAUGAAUCAAAUGAUGAAAAUAUUACUGGUAAUAACAAUAACGAGAUCUCAACAAAUUCUAAUCAGGAUGUAGCCAAAUCAGACUCAGGGAAUAUUUUUAAUUUAAAUGAUCAACAACAACCACAACAAAAAGCCAAAACUUCUCAACCAGUUAGUCGAACUGCAUCAUUUGGUAGUCGUACAUUACAAGCACAUAGUAAUACCAAAUUCUUUGAUGUUCAACAUCAAAGAAAUCAGGAUAUGGAAACCGCAAGAUAUCAUCAUGUUCGAAAGCUUGAAAAGGAUUUUUCUUUCGAAGAAAAUACACCGGAAGGUUCACAAACAAGUCUUGUAUCAUCCGGUGGUAGUGCUGAUAAUACUGAAUUACAACAAAAUUUUCAACCUACAACGAUGUUUCGUGAUCGUGGCCAUACAAUUUCAGUGAUGACGCCGGUUCAAAAAAGUUCUAGUUCAUCAUCAGCUCUUGGCGGCGGUAGUGGCUAUCAUUUUCAUUCACAGAUUCAUGAAUCAUCAUCGAUAUCGGCAUCAAAUAUGAGCUUGUCAUCACGGCAACCAUUUUCACCCGCUGGUCUUUCACCACAAUUUGUGUUUCUACAAUUGUAUUACAAUUCUAUGUUCAAAGAUAGAAUCUGCCAUCCAAAUUCUAGUUCAAGCUCUGAAAAACCGAUUCAACUUGAUCGUAAUGAAGCAUUAAAAUUGUCGUUGAAUAUAUUCGAUCGAAUAACGCCAUAUGAAACGCACAAAAUUGGCAUACUUUAUGUUGGUCCUGGACAGACAAAUAAUCGUGCUGAUAUAUUAGCCAAUCAAAUUGGAUCGUAUAGAUAUGCUAAAUUGAAAGAUAUUGGACAAUUGAUUUCGUUGGAAGAUAUUGAUCCCCAUGUAUUCUAUGUUGGUGGUCUUGAUGUUAAAGAUGGCCCAUAUGCUAUUUCAUGGUGUGAUCAUCUUGUCCAGUUGAUAUUCCAUGUUGCAACAAUGAUGCCUACAUUACCGAAGGAUCCAAAAUGUAAUAAUAAAAUGGCACAUAUUGGUAAUGAUCUCGUUUGUAUUGUUUACAAUAAUAGUGGAGAAAAUUUUGAUCUUUUCGCAUUGAAAAGCGGUUUUGGACAGGUAAUGUUGGCCGUUGUAUUGAUUACGCCAUUAGAAUAUGAUAGUAAUAUUGUCGAGUUGAAAUGUAGAAAAGAAUCUGCUGAAUUUAUUGGUUACACUGAAUCGCAGGUGUUAUCAGAUGAAGCUUUACCAGUUUAUGUACGACAAUUGGCCAUGCAUGCAAAUCUUGGUGCAAUGGUCUAUAAUCCAAAACAAGAGAUGAGAUCAUAUCAUAUUUCUAAUUGGCUUUCAAGAUUACGAAACAUUAAACGAGUUCGUAAACGGGCACAGCAACAAUAUCAGGAUAAUAAUGAUCGAUAUUCGAUUCGUAGUACUAGUACUACGACUACCACUAAUGUUGGUAAUGGUGUACGAAUGGUACGACAAAGUCAAUCAUCAUCAAUCGGUGAUGGAUGUGAUUAUUCAUCAUCAACAGCAUCAUCAUCGGGAAUAUCAACAGCGGCAAAUUCAGCAAUUAGUCCAAAUAUCUAUUGCAGUGGUGGUGGUUGUAAUGUUUCAUUCGAUUAUGAAGCUAUAUCACAACGAUUAGCUUUUCCAGACUUUACCGAAUUCACAAAAGACUAUUGAAUUUGGUUAUUUUUUUCUUUUUCUGUUUUUUUUUUUUUUUCUUGGAUCAAAUUCUUACAAAGAAUUUAUCUCAUUUAUUACAUAACAAUAGCAAAAAAACAAAACAAAACAAAAAAAUAUUUGACCCACAUCCCUUCGAUAUAUACACAGAAACAAAAAAAAAAGUAACCGCACACAAAAAAAAGAAUGCAUACAAAAUACACAUUUGUAACAACUACAGAGAGAGAGAGAGAGAGAGAAGAUAAAAUAUAUUUUUUUUCUUCAAAAAAAAAAAUUUAAAAUUCUUCAACUUUUUUAAAAAGAAAAACAUUUAUAUUUCAUGCAUGCAAAACAACCAAUUUGUGUUUUUAUUAUAUAUAAAAAAAAAUAAAUCGAAUCAAUUUCCUUUUCCUAAA